ACAAAGUCAACAUUGAACCUUGGCACGGACUCGACUCUUUUGGAUUCUCAUAAAAACCGAACGACGACAAUAGGAAACAACCAUAACCAACAAUCACAACACAAUGGCCAUCAUUGAGAAACCAUCAACUACUAGUACGGCUACAAAAGUCAAAAAGGUCAAGAGGAAAAGCAGUGUCAUGAAGAAACAGGGCGAAGUGUUGAUGGAAUGGAAACGCAAUGGUGCGGCGAACAGCACUGCUCUCUUGGCGGCAUCCAUCAGCAGUCUUGAUUGGAGCCAUUCCAGUCAAAGCGCAGCCAUGGUCAAUGCCGAAUGUGCUCAGCAGCUCUCUCCUCCUCCCAAAAAGAAGAACAAACUGGAGGAAUUCUUGGGUGCCAGCAACUCGUCGGUUCUUCCCAUUCUGGAGGGAGUCAAGCACAUCAAUGAACAUGUAGAAACAGGGUUGAAGAAUGUAUGGAAUGGACUGACUGGUGAUAAUCAUCACGGAGAUCAGAAGUACAAUCCAGACGAGAAAUGGGUCUAUGAUUACUCGGAAGAAUACGAGUUGCUUCAUUUCACACCGGCAGAUGUCGUGGGCAUUGUCACAGAUGAUGCGGCCUUUCAAACGCUCAAGCGAUCCUUGCAAAAGCGCAAUCACGUCACCAAUCUGUACCUGCAGCAAACUCUGCACCACUACGUCAAGCAUGUCAAGGAUGUCCGCGAACGAAAUGCGAAAAGGCUGGAACGAAAGUUGGCUCGGGAACAACAAGCAGCAAGUUAUCAUCACCAACCCUUGGUGAACCUUCAUGAUCCACUUCUUCCCAACAGUCAACUCAAUGUAGCUGCAUAAGAAAUAAAUGAACGAACUCGAUUUUG